AAUGUUUGUUUGUGGGUCGUCCGCCAAAGCGCGCGGAAGUUUGGGGAUCGGAACAUCUCCGAAGAAAACAAAAUAAAUAUCAUAUUAGUAUUAAUGUGAAGCCAUUUUUUUUUUCACGAAUAUAAUGUGGUCUAGGGACACUUUUAUAAGAGUUGGUUAUUCGGUUAACUGCGCUUGGACUUUUUUUUCGUUGUAUAAUUAGCUCAAAAAUAGUGGCCUGUAGGAAGAGCUGGGAAAACAAACGUUACAAUAUGGACAACAAACUUCAAAGCUUGGGAAGGGCAUCUCCAAAACUACGGUAUUUCCCCCAAAAGAAUGAAAGAUUUGAAACAAUACAGAAAGGAGGAGGAGAUAUGCACGUCCUAGAUGAUGUUUUUGAAGAUUCAGAUUCUUCACCUCUUUCAUUCUGUGAUAUGAAUAUGCCAUCUCCAGUCCCUAAGAGUUCUUCUACACCCAGAUGUUUAGACAAGAAAUUGAUCCUACUGAGUCAACAAAAAUCAGAAUCACAAUAUCAGAUUCCGGUAUCGCAUGAAGACUCGGCAGUGGUACAGAAGACAUCACAGAACAGAGCAAGUCCGUUAAAAGGCCAAGGCUCUUUGCAAAUGGAGAGUUCAAGUCAAGUUGCCUGUGAAACUGACUUAAGUAGAGAAAGUGACAUCUCCGCAGUUAUUGAGAUUGAGGUUGGUACUCUAGAAAAAAUUCCAUCAACCACAGAAGCAGAAGGGAUGUCCAUGUGUUGUCGGAAAUUACCAGAAGAAGAAAAUGCUCAGAAAAGUUUUAGUUCCAACAAUGAUGAAUUUGAAUCGCUGGCUAAAAAGAAAGCAGAGAAUCCUUUGUGUGUGCCAUCACAUGAGACUCAUUCUUCAGAUGAAGAACCUAAGAAGAUGACAAGUUCAGAUGAUGAGUGUGCAUUGUUAAAUCCCUCACCAUCACCCAAAGAACUGAAGAUCACAGAUGCACUGCCUCACGAGAAAUGGAAAAAGUCUCUUUUGGAUGUGGAAAAGCAACCUAAAAAUUCCCCCAUUGCAACAACCAGUAUACCAAAAAAGGCAAAUGAGACAUCUUCAUUCCUUCAGAAGUUGAAAAACCGUGGACGUUCUGAACUUUUGAGGACCAAGAAGAAGGAAUCCCCUAUGAAAGAUCCCCCCUUGCCUGAACUGGAUGAGGAUUUUAUGAUUCUGGAAGAAGAAAAUUUUAAAUGGGAGAAUUGGAUUUCCAUCCCAAAGAAGAAAUGUACUUCAAGUAAUCAGCCUCAGCAUGAUAUAAAUGAGAAUGUCAAGAAGAAAACGGCAAAGGAAGCCGAACCGUCAAAGACCAGUGCAAAAUCUCCAAAAAAUGAACAUAACAUAGUAGAUAUAACUGCGGGUGAAAAUAAAAGGAAGGAAGACCGAGGUAAACAAAGUCAGAAAAAAAAGACUAAGGAGAACAGUAAAAAAAACCAAACAAAUAAUUUUGUUAAGGAAAAUACUCACGUGGAUGCAGAUGUGGUUCAAAAUAAAAAGAAAGAAGCCCAACGUACACAAAGCCGGAAGAAACGCAUCAAGGACAGCAGUUCAAAAAAACAAGAAAAUGAUUAUUUUGAUGAAGAUGCCCAAGUUCAGGACAAAAUAAAGACGGCACCAAAAGCAAAGGAAGCUAAAAAGAGGAAAUUAAGCACUGAAGCCCCAGUGCCAGUAAAAGCCAAAAUAAAAUUCACAGAUGCACGUAGAAACACAAUGGGUACAGAAACACAAACCAACAAAAGUUUAAACAAAGAUGGGGAUCUCAAUGACCACUGUCCAUCAUACUCUUCGGAGACGGAGGAUGCAGUUAUAAAACCAGUUAAACAGAAAAGUAAAGACUCCAAAGGGAUGUGCAGAUCUGCAAAAGUAACUCAAGAAGAAUUGUUAAAGAAAAACAUCAAGACUGAAAAGAAAGCAUUGAUAGGUGUUCUCACAAGUCCUGAGCAAAUCCAUUUAAAGCCAGCUCACGAGAAACGCCAAUGCAAACCUCCACAGCCAUGGUGGCUUAUGGGUCAGGAAGAAAGCAUUAAUGUGAAUUUGAACAGAAAUGGAGUGAAAGAAGCCACAUUAAAAAAGCAUAAAUCAAAGCAGACUGAAGUUUUGCAAGCAUCAGAGGCACAGACAGUGAUGAAGAAACAACAUACCAGAAAUACAAGGCACAAAGUUUCGAAUUCCACAGAAGCUAAAGCAAAAAAGACAACCAGACAAAGGAAAAAGACUAAUACAGAACCAAUUUCAGAUAUUUUAAAACCAAGUGACCAUGAGUUGAAAAUGCAUGUGAGAGUACAGCAUGAAGGAGAUGGACAGGAAAUCUCAGAUGCUUACAUUAAUGAAGAAGAUCAUUCUAUUAGCCCCCUCCAUUCUUCUUGCCCUAACCUGUCCAAGGCUCCGCUUGGGAAAAAAAUAAUUAGUGAUGCACAGCAGUUAAAGGUUAACACCAGGAAGGGCAAAAAAGCAAAGCCUAAACAGCCAAGAAAGACACAGUCAAAGCUUUCAAAGACCAGAAGCAAUUACAAAGCCGCGGCAUCUUUAGCCAUGGAAAUCUGUGAAGAGCAAACUAAUUCUGUAAAUGAAGAAGAAGCACUUUCUUCCACAUCACCACCAUUAUCUUCAAGAACCAAGGAGCUAGCUUCUACACCAGAGAGGACAUUUCCAGGACACGCUAUCAUUUCCGAAGAUCCCUCGGAAGAGCACAGCCUGCCUGAACGGCAUAUAUUGAAGACUCUUUCGACAAUUCAGAAACAGCUAGAGAGACCUAAAGGAGGGUAUUUUUCUAGCCCAGUGCACCAAAAACGUCAGAGAAAGCCUCCUGGCAACUGGUGGGAACCAAAAGACCCUGGUCAGCCUGGUUCAAGUGCAGCUAAACCAAGCCGAAAACAGGCGUCCAUACUUAAACGAAGUAGUGUAAAUAAAUGCAUGGAAAGGAGAGCAAACAAUGUCAACUUAAAGAAAGUUUGUUCAGGGGAAGAGAGGAAGGAUUGCAACACUCUUUCAGAUACUGUUUCCGGACCCACUGCAGCAAACUUAAAACCUAAACAUUCAAAAAUUAAACAACCAAUCAUAGCGGACUACCUUAAUGGCCCCAGGAACUUAAGAGCCUCUUUAGCUUCUUUUGAUGCCAUCUGUACUCCUCUUAAUGUCCCGCAGAGAUUAACACCAAGAACAAAGGAAUCCACAGUUCCAAGAGCAGCAUCUGAAAAGAAAAAUAAGAUACUCUGUAAGCAGAAGUCCAAAAAAACUUAUUUCUCUCCUUCUCAAACAGAUCAGAUAUCAUCUGCAGCUCCAAAAUCAUUUCAGGUACACCAACAUUCCAAGGGCCACACACAAUGCCAACCAGUGCCGAACACACAAGAGAUGCUGGGUGGUUUCCUACCACUUGCUGAUUAUCACCAGGAUGGUGUCUCUCCUCUUAGAGAUUUCCCAGCUUCUGAACUCAAACUGAACUGUGUGUCUAUACCUGAGUUUUGUCCUGUGAGUGAAGAGCAUGUCUCUGUUGAAGCACAGGGUGCUAAUGAAGAAAUGCUGUCUUCCAUUCCAAGUGAUCAAGCACACCACUUCAGAGAAGCACAGCCUUCUGUCAGUUAUAUAGGCAAGCAACAAAAAAGAAGAUCCAGUCUACAACAUCUCCGUAUAGGAAGGCACUCAGGAUGCGCAAGUUAUCAGGGUUAUGAGAGUGGACCUUCCUCAAUGAGAACCAUUCACUAUGAAGAUGAUGUACUUGUAGACUGUGAACAAGAGAACUCCUUUUUAGCUGGCAAAAAAUCCUGCCUCCAAGUUUCAGAGAAUCCAGCAAGUGGGAUGUCACUAAAUCAGAUGGAACUGACCACAGCAGAAAAAGAAAGGAUUUAUCUUUGGCUAAAAAAAUCUUGGACAACAACAAUCACAUGUUUUGCUGAAUCUGUUGUUCUUGAUGAUUUUGACUGGUAUGAAUCUUCUGGAAAAUUUGUGGGGCUGGUUAAAAAUGUUAAAUGCCCCUUAUUCUCACAAGGGAAAAUCCUGUUGGGGCCAUUCAUGAAAAAAAAUAGUCAGUUAGUUGUCAGUGAUGCGAUGAUUUUCAAUGUUCUGGCUGGGACUGUCCAUGUAAAAAUUGAUCUUCAGGAACAAAAUCUUUCUUCAGGAGAUGUUUUCUGCAUUUCACCUGGGCAGAUGUACAGUGUGCUAAAUAUGUGUGAAGAACCUGCAUUGCUCCUGUACACACAGAUGAAGUAUUCCAAAACUAACAACAUGGAGGACUGUUAAAAAAACAAUGUUAAUUUAAUGUAAGUUGUAAAUAUGCAAAACCUGCUUUCAUAAGAGCCAUGUAUAACUUUUUAAAACAGCUAAACUUUUUAAAUUUGAAUGAGAACUGGUUUUCUGAAAAUGUUAAUGGUUAUUU